UAGUUCAUUCUCUGUGGUUGCGGAAGUAAGGAAAAUGGUUUUAUUUCGAAUUUGGGCCGUAGUUUUAUUACUAUUCGUUCCUGAUUCGUAUGCAGGAAUAUCGCCAGUGCACGAUUUCAAGGAAAAGCUUAUUGGAAGUCCCAAAGGAUUUACUGAGAGAUUUUUAUUGACCUCUCCUCACAAUGCUUUGAAACAUCUUGACAAUUCUAUAUUGAAAGCAACUAAAAAUGUUACCCAAAACCCAGAAAUGGAUGACAAUCUUUACCAAAUUGCAAAGGACAUGGUGUCUGCUAUACUAUCUAAGCUAGAAAUACAGGACAAAAUAACUAGGAUUACUAGAGAAGCGCUAGAAGCUCCCGGCAAAAAUAAAGGCAUAACUGCUAUAGAGACUAGACGUAUCUUGGACUACAUUUCUAGAACAUUGUCUGGGCAUAUACUUACUAUAACCAGAGCUUCUACUGAACCAGAACUUCAUCGAUUGGUAUACGGACUAGCACAGAUUGCAGCAGAAGUGUCAAUUGUAUCAGCGUUGAAAGAUAUUACGUACCCUGCAGCGUUAUCUAAAAAACAGUCUGUUGAUUUAUCUCUACGUCGAAAAAGGGCUAUAUCUAGUGGAGUAGAAAACGCAAUAGCGACUCCACCUCCCCCUAUUGAAGUGACAGCUUCUAACACAACCCAAAAUAAAAAUGCUAAUAAUACUACUGAUACUUUAUCUAUGAAAGCUUCACCAUAUUCAGUAUUUUUCAAAAAUGAUAAAAAGCCUGUUCAUGUCCUUAACUCUAAACCGAAUAAAGUGGUUUCGAUAAAAGGCUUUUUGAAUCAAACUGCUUUAGAUUUGGAAAACAAAGAACAAGCAAAUAAUUACACAGAUCCUAUUCUUAUAGAGAAAUCUUUAAAUGGAACUCACUAUGUAAAAGAAUCACAAACAUUGGAUACCCAAGAAUUUAGUGCUCCCGGUCUGAUUGAUGACUGGAUGGAUAACAAGGAAACUGUAUAUAAGCCAAUAAAUCCUGAAGUGGUUGCUGAUAUGGAAAUUGAUCAGCCCGAAUUUGAAGACGAAACUGGCAAUGAAAAGAGAACGAAACAAAAACAAGAAAGGCUUGAAGUGAAAGCCAAGAAAGCUAUAUUAUAUGCCGGUGAUGUGGCGUAUUUAACAGCAGCAAGCGUUGUUGCUCUUAGACGUGCUUUAACUGCGUCUAUUGAAGUACAGAUGUCGGUGAGGUACGCUAAAAAUGGUAUGUCAAAUCAUCAGGAACUAAUGAUGAACUUGGCAAAGACGGCUGCUCAACAAGCGGGGAAACAGGCAAAGAGUGCGACUUCUAAAUCUUUAGCUUGUGAACGAGUGAUAAAAUUGGCACUCAAGUAUACGGCGCAAUCACAUGGAGCCAAUUUGAACCAUGUUGCGAAUAGAAUUGUGAUGGAUACUUUAUCACUGGCUACACUGGCAAAAUCCAUGGCAUUUGUUUCUUCUGAUAUAGCAAUCAAUUCGUUGUAUCAAGCUACUGAUGUGAAACCACCAACAUAAUGGAAUAUGCAAUCCCUUCUCAUUAUAAAACUAAUAUUUUUCAUCUCAUACAAAGAGUUUAGUUACCUAUUGUAAAAUUGAAUAUUCAUAGUUAAAUGCUCUAAAUAAAUGAAACAGUUAAU